ACCAAAAAAAAAAAAGACAUACACUAAGUAGUACACGACGAUCUCUCUAGAGCCCAAAGCUUCCUCUGAUCCCGUAAUGAAGAAAACGAAGACGCUGGUGGCUUCCAUCUCCACCCUUUACAGACGAACCUAUCCUUCAACUUCCCCGUGCAAUCCACUCGCUACGAUUGCUUCGAUUCGUUCACAAACCCAAUUGCCUCGCGAAUCCCUUCAACAUUACUCUUCAGCUGAGGCUCUCGCUAGACGACUCCGAUGUUCCGGGAGAGUUUUCAGCUCGGACUCUGGCGCCGGGAAGAGAGUCUCCGGCUGCUGGAACUGCGGCGAGAAAGCUGCGUUUUUGUUCUGUGAAUCAUGCCGUAGUAUUCAACCUGUCGAUGAUUCCGUCGAUUAUUUUCAGAUUUUUGGCCUGGAGAAGAAGUAUGAGAUAGAACCUGGAAGCCUCGAAGGCAAGUACAAAGAUUGGCAAAAGAAGCUACAUCCUGAUUUAGUUCACAACAAAUCCCAGAAAGAAAGAGAUUACGCAGCCGAGCAGUCUGCUAAGGUGACUGAAGCAUGCAGGACAUUAACCAAGCGGCUAUCGAGAGCAAUGUAUAUUAUGAAGUUGAGUGGCAUAAAUGUCAAUGAAGAAGAAACAAUAACAGACCCAACAUUGUUAAUGGAGAUUAUGGAACUCAGAGAGGCCAUAUCAGAAGCAGAUGGUUCUGAAGCGUUAAACCAGAUCCAAUCCCAGGUACAAGAGAAAUUGAAGCAAUGGUCUGACUCUUUCGUCGAAGCCUUUGAAAGCCAAAGGUUUGAUGAAGCUGUAAAAUGCAUACAGAGAAUGACUUAUUACGAACGAGCCUGUGAAGAAAUUGUGAAGAAGCUAUGAGGCAUGUAGUCGUCCUUUAAAAUGAACACGUUUUUUUCUUAAUGUUUGCCUCUUAGCCUUACCGGUCACAUUUGAAGGGAACACAUCAUGGCUCAUAACUACAGUAUCUUAGCUCCAUGUUUUUAGUUUAGCUAUAUAGAACAGAGGGCUUUUAAUAAAAGAGCAUUUACAGAUUCGUUGCUAAGAAAAAUAUUUAAUUUGCUCCA